UCCACUUUAUCUUGUGUCAGUCUGACCAGCUGAAAGCACAGAGAGGAACAUGAGGAGAUAUUUUUUGUUAAAAAGGAUUCCUUUACCGUGGUUGAGGAGGGACACCACGCAGAAUGAGUCCAGUCCGCUCAUACCAAAGGUAAGAGGUCACUUCGCUCUCUUUUGAACUUUUCUCAUGUUAAGUUGGUAUGUGGUCUGUUUUGUUACGUUCAUUUCCUUAGUAGAGAGUACCUGAAGUUUAAUUAAAUGUUCGAGGUGGCAUUACUUCUCAAAAACUAUGAUAUUUAGUUGCAUUCCUGUGUGUCCAAAGGCAGGCUCUACAAAAGAGAAUGCUGAGGAGCUCAGUCAUGUUACCAGUGAAUUUCACCAAGCAGGGCCAAACGACGGACAGGACAACAACAGCCCUGUAUUCGCAAGUGUCCAACCCCACCACAGAUAUUCCUUGAUAGACUACUUCCUAAAAUACUUCCUGUUCCUUUGCAAUCUGGUGUUCACAGUUCUGGGCCUGGUGGUUCUUGGUCUGGGGAUGUGGGGCCUCAUCAGCAAAGAGUCGUUUGCUCAGGAGAAGAUCGGCAGUAUCGGCACUGACCCAAUGCUGAUACUCGUGACUCUGGGCUUUGUGUUGACUUUGCUCUGCCUGUCAGGCUGUGUGGGCGCCUUAAGAGAGAACUGCUCCUUACUGAAACUGUUCUCUGCCGCUGUGCUAGUGCUCAUCACGGCGCAGGUACUGGUCGCCAUUAUGGCUUACAGUCUAGAAGAUCAGAUUGGAGGCUACCUGCGGUCGGGAAUGUUAGCUGCCAUGGUGCGCUACCAGGACGACUUGGAUCUCAGGUUCAUCACGGAUGAGAUUCAGUCAAAUCUACAGUGCUGUGGGGCAGAUAACUAUCGUGACUGGGAGAUCAACAUAUACUACAACUGCUCAGCUCCAGGAGUGCUGGCCUGCGGUGUCCCUGCGACAUGCUGUGUGGACCCUUUGGAGAACGGCACAGUGUGGAACUCUCAGUGUGGUGUAGGAGCCCAGCAGCUGGAUGAGUUUACUGCUCAGAGUGUGAUCUUCCUGGGCGGUUGUCUCGGGGGAAUCUCUCGCUGGAUUGAACAGCACGAGGGCCUGAUAGGGACAGUUGGAAUUGUUGUGCUGGGCGUCCAGAUUCUGACUGUGUUUAUCACUACACGACUGUUGGAAAGCAUCCAGUGGUAUAAGGUUUACAGAUAACUGUAAUGGGCUGAUGAAUAGCCUAUAUUUAUUUAAUGAGUGCUCAAAUGCUUUUGAAUUUUGAACAAACCUUGUUUGUCACAUGCAGUAAACAUACUGUACCCUAUAAACCAUGAGAUCAAAAAACAGCUCAGCUGGUUGAAAAAGACUCAGAUGACUGCGCCUGUUUUGCCAGUAGAAAUGAAAAAUAACUAUGAAUUUUAAGACAGCAAAAUUCAACAUAUAAUGUCAAGGUAACAGACAAAAAUGCCUUAUUCAGCUGGCAAGGUUCCAUGUUUUGAUUCAGAAAGAGAUUGUAAGUUUCCAAGCCCAAGAAGACCUAUUUAAAGGACCACUUUGCAGGAUUUAGUGGUAUCUAGCGGUGAAGUUAAAGAUUGUUAACUAAAUACUGCUCGCCUUCCAAGCGUGUAGGAGAAAAUGGUGGUUCAACAUGGCGGAUUGCUCUAGAUAAAAAUGUCUCAUUCUA